AUGGACAUGUGUGUGGACAUCCCGCACAGCAAAGCUCAUCCAAUCUUGCCCCCAACCAAGGCAACAGUCAUGCUCAGGAAGCAGGACUUUCGGGAGGGGUCCAUGCAAGCCCCAGAUGGAGGUUUGGGGGCCAUUGGGGCAAGCUAUUCUUGCAUUGGGUACUUGGAAUAUGGGAGGAUAGUGCAGGCUCUGGCUGGACAGAAGGCGGCUUCAGCAGCGAGGGGCACUGUGGCGCUGCAUGUGAGGAUUGGCCAGCUGGUGGCUUUUGUCAGAAAAAUUCCCUGGACUGCGGCCUCGAGUGAGCUGAGAGAACACUUUGCACAGUUUGGCCAUGUACGAAAGUGCACUGUACCUUUUGACAAAGAGACAGGAUUUCAUAGAGGUAUGGGUUGGGUUCAUUUUUCUUCAGAAGAAUAUCUUCAGGAUGCACUACAACAAGAAAAGCAUAUUAUUGAUGGAGUAAAGCUCCACAUUCAAGCUGGGCGACCAAAAGUUUUGCAAGGGGGUCAAACAUCUGAUGAAGAGAAAGAUUUUUGAGACUAUUCCUACCUAUUAAAUAAAGUUAAAAAAUU